CUGAUGUAUGUGAAGAAUAAACUGAAACAGAACUGACUGCACAUACAGACAAAGUAGCGGUUUAGAAUCGCAUUAGAGAAGCAGAAAGGGAUAUUUAACAUGGAGGAGGACGGUACUAUAGAAGUUAUGAAAAAUAACGACGAAUUUCAGAAGAGGAGCCAGGAACUGGUUGUACCCAGCCACAGCCCUGCAGGGUCGCCAUGCUCAAGCCCGACCCCCCAUCCGCCCGUGGAAGACAAAGAUCGCAGCGGCCAGGUCAACGCGAUCACAGUCCUCACUCUGCUCGAUAAACUGGUUCACAUGUUGGAUUGUGUGAAGGAGAACCAGCACAAGAUGGAGAAGAAACAGAUCCACAUGGAGAACUCCGUGAAAGGCAUCCAAAACGACAUCACGAAACUGUCCAAAGGUCACACCAACACCAGCAACACGGUCAGCAAACUGCUGGAAAAGUCGCGCACAGUCAGCGCCAACGUGAGGCAUGUGAAGGAUCGCGUGGACAAGCAGACCGGUCAAGUGAAGAGGAUAGAGGACAACCACACCCAGCUCCUGAGGAGAAACAACUUCAGAGUGCUCUUGUUUCAGGAAGAUAAUGAAAUACCUGCAGAUGUAUUUAUGAAGGAACCCAACCCUGUGCCUACCAUAACAGAUGGCCUAGAAGAGUCUGCUGACCCUAACAAGUCUCUGGAAGACAACAUGCAAACAAUUAACCUGUCCUCGGAUGAUGAUUUUAAUCUUGAAGAUGCACAUGACAGCACUGAAGAGAAAUUGGAGCACACAAGAGCAGAAAAAAUUAAAAGAUCAAGCCUCAAAAAGGUUGACAGCCUAAAGAAAGCAUUUUCCCGCCAAAACAUUGAAAAAAAGAUGAACAAAAUCAGCACUAAAAUUGUGUCACCAGAAAGGAGGGAAAAAAUUAAGAAGUCCUUCACUCCACUGCAAAGCAAAUCUUCGAAAAGCUCAUCUCUUAAGGGUGUAGAGAAAACACAGGAUGAAAACACUCAUGAGGAAAAUGAUGGACAAACUGAAAAACAAGCCGUGGAAAAUCUAAGUUUAGAGGUUAACGACGCAAAUUUGCUUACUGAAGAUGUACCUGAAACACUAGAAGAAACAAAAGCAGUGAUUGAUUUAACAGAAAGAGAGACCGGAACAGAAGCAUCUGAGAUAGCCCACAACAUGAAGCCCUUGGUUAUUGAUGAGGAUGAGGAUGAAAAGGAGCAAUUUGAAAAUGAAAAUCCGUUUAGUGCUGAUUACAAACCAACGUCAGAGGAAAAAUAUGAGGAAAGAAAUCGAUCACCUGCUCUUGAAAUAGACCAAAGUACAUGAAAACCUUACUCUUGUGUCUAAAAAGAAAAUGAUGGAGCAUAGUAUUACUUUAUCUGUUUGAUUGUUAGUAAUGACUACUACACGGGGGAUGGGAGAAGUAUUACUACAUAUAAGUAUUAUUUUUAAGAGCUGUCAUUUUUAAUAAAUGAUCACCUGUAUUACUCACUUAAGAGGGAUACUGUCACAGGGGAACAUGCAAGACGAUUCUCUUUUAAAACAUAAAAAACUUGUAAUCCAUUUUUUUUUUACAUUCCCAGGACCCAUCAGCCUUGUAAAAUGUGCUCUUAAAGUAGAAGGAAAGGCUAUAAUAACUAAGCUUUAUCAGAAAGGUCUAUAUAAAUACACUAGUAAACCCUCAAAGUAAUGCUUUUCUGAGUCAUCUGUCAAAAGAAACACAUUUCUUUCCUUUUGUGUACACAUGGGCUUUUGUAUCAGACUUCCUGAUUUCAGCAUAAACCUCAAGGGCUAGGGCUUGAGCAUGCUCAGUUUGCUCCUGUCUCCCUCCCUUUCCCCCUCCCUCCUCCCCUGCUUGCUAAUAAUCUGAGCCCAGAGCUAUGAGUAAGCAGGGAGAGACUCAGGCAGGAAGAAAUCUCACAUCAAGCUAAUAUGGCAGCUGCUAUCCUAAACAAACAGAGAGAGCUUCUAGAGCUGUUUAUUCAGGUUUUGUAAAGCAUUCGGCAGAAUAAAUAUAGUGUUAUAGCUUGCACUGUUGUGGCUAAUCUAUUGGCAAUAAACUGUUUUGGUAGCUUUCCUUCUUCUUUAAAAGCUUCAGUCUCUGCUUACUGCUGAAUGCAAUUUGGAUUGAUAUAAAACAUGUUUCUCCCUUGAAGCUUUUAACAUGCAAACAGAGACAAGUCAGCCUGUAAACAGAACAUUGUGCAGGUAAUUAGAUAAUAGCUCUCCCUGACCCUGACGCCUCUUUUGGAGGUUUGGAGCUCAUUGCAGAGCUACUACCACUGCUCUGCUUCAAGCUCAAAGCACAUGUAAAUGGACAAAUGUCCUGUAUUUUAGCAAGUGAGGAAACAGCCAGGGCCGGAUUUACAUAGCAGGGGCCCCUAGGCCUAUUGCUGUUUGUGGCCCCUAGGCCCACUACUGUUUGUGGCCCCUGUCCACUUCCCUUUAUUCAUGCAAAUUUUCCUCAUGGGACUGAAGCAAUGGGGAUUGGAGCAAAGGAAAUUGUAUAAAUUAUUGUAUCACCAGCACAUCCCAGUGUUUUUGAAACAAUGUGGGUGUGGUUGAGCAGCAUUUCACUCCCUAAAAUCCUGCCGCCCUAAGCCCGGGCCUUGGUGGCCUUUCCACACAAAUCCGGGUCUGGAAAAAACUAAAACUGUCUUGACUGCUUCCUAUUCAUUUUAAGGGUAAUGGCAGAUGGGGUGCUCUGUUGCCCAAAGGUGAUUGUGAUCUCUGCGGGUGACAAAACUCAAGAAAAUACUUUUGAAUUCUGCCAUGGGGAGCAAUUAACGUAUUUUUGGUUGCUGGAAAAUAGUCCUGUCCUGGCAGAGGGCUUUUUUACCGCUCCAUGUUGCUUAUAAUAUAAUAUUAUCAGGGGUGAAAAUUAGGCAUUUAAGCUGCCAUUGUCUGCUGGCAGAGAAUAUCUCUGGUGUGCCACAGCCCUAAUAGAAACUGCUUAACUCUGCUAGUAAAGGUGCUUAUUAAAAUUACAGUUCAAAUUAACAUCAACAGGAAGCAGCAUGUGUGGCUUCAGGCAUUUUACUGCUGUUGGAAAAAUUACCCCAAUAGUCAUUAGCUUUUAACUCUCUGAAUCCAUUUCUGGUCAUAUUCUAUCUAUAUCUAUAAACACACUUGUAAGUGGCACAAAGACUUCAAGAACAAUAUAACAACAUCUUAUAUAAUAUAUAUAUUUACAUUAUACAGUAAAGGGCAACAGAUCCCGAUACCUCAAAUACUCCAUCUUACAGAGUAGUUUGCAGCACCUAUAAGUCAAUAUUAGCUAAGAAGUUGUCUGCACUGCUAAAAAUGCUACCUUGUACCACCUAGUGGUAUGUGACAGUAGCACCCAUAAGCAGAAAUAGGUGGCAGUUGGGUGGCAUAAGACCUGGAGAUAAGAACUGAAUAGCCAAGGCAAGCUCCAAGAAGGCUACCCACCCCAUUAUUAAAAGUAAAAAAAAAUGUAGAUUGUAGAAUGAAUACUUCACACAGUAUUAUACAGUAAUAUAGACGACACCAUAAAAACAAUGACAGUAUCCCUUUUAAACUGAAAACUGUAGUUGCCUUAUUUAGUUCUAACUUCUAUAUAUUUGACUAACAAUAAGUAACUUGUUUAUACAUUUAGACUUUUGUCAAGAAACUUAAGAUGACUUUGCUAAACCAAGAUUUAUUAUUACCUUUAUUAUAAAGAAAAAAUCUUAACAGUUUCAUUGCUACCACAAUACUUUUAUAUUUAUAUAAAUGCAAAUAUAUAUUCUACACUGUUAGCCAAAAAGUGAUUGGGUAAAAAAUAUAUGAAAUAAUAUAUAUGAUCUUGAAAUUGGAAGCUUUCAGAAAUAAAAUUUUUAUGCUACUAUUAAA